AGGGGGCGGCGCAUGCGUCCCGCCCUCGCCGCGCUCCUCCGUGCAGUGCCCAGUGCCCUGUUGCCUGCACGGCCUUGCAGACCUCCACCUUCGCGGACUCGCUAGCAAAAUUGAAAAAUGGCUGAUCUCACCCAGCUCCUGGAAAAUGAAGUAUUCAUGGCUUUUGCCUCCUAUACAACGAUUAUCCUUUCAAAAAUGAUGCUUAUGAGUCCUGCAACUGCAUUCUAUAGACUAACAAGAAAGGUGUUUGCCAACCCAGAAGACUGUGAGAGCUUUGGCAAAGGAGAGAAUGCCAAGAAGUAUCUUCGAACAGAUGACAGGGUGGAACGUGUACGAAGAGCCCACCUGAAUGACCUUGAAAAUAUUGUUCCAUUUGUUGGAAUCGGGCUGCUAUAUUCCUUGAGUGGUCCAGACCUUUCUACUGCUCUCCUGCACUUCAGGCUCUUUGUUGGAGCACGGAUCUACCACACAAUUGCGUAUUUGACACCCCUUCCCCAACCAAAUAGAGCUUUGGCUUUUUUUGUUGGAUUUGGAGUUACUCUUUCAAUGGCCUACAGGUUGCUGAAGACUGGAUUUUACCUGUAAAGAAAAUCGAGUACUUCCCAUGCAAUUGGUUUUUAAGAAUUCUAUACUUCCAGUAUAUAAUGAAUAUUUUCUGAGGCUUUAAGUGGGAAGGGAGCAGAGAAAGUAGGAAUGGGGAAAACCCAUUUUAAAGAUUAGCACUGCUAAUAUCCUUUUAUUCUUGCUUUAUAUUUUCUGUAGACAUUCAACAAUAAUUCUUAAGUCUUUUGUGUGAUUCUUUUAAGAUCUGAUUGUUAUAAUUUUCAACAUUCAUCAACAUUUCAUAUUAUGAAUCUAUAAAAAAUUGAUUGUGUGUGUGCGAGGUCUAUAUUUCAAUACUGUGGAAAUAGUGAUAUGAAAUAAAGAAUUUAAUGAAUGGU